AUGCGUGAUAUCUGGGCUAGGCUUAAAGAGGUGGAUCAAUUAAGACAUAUCCUGACAAUCCCUUGCGACUCUCACAGCCUCAAUCUCCUAGUCAAGGAUCUCUGUCUUAAGGUCCCUGAGUUCUCUGAGGCAAUUAAAGAUGGUAAUUCAGUCACCUCACACUUCAAACGCGCAUCAAAACAACUGGCAGGAUUACGAGAGAUUCAAGUUCAACGAGACGGCAAGACCUCGCCAUUGGCCCUAGCCGCAGAGACACGUUGGGGCUCUCAAUAUAACCUCGUUGCGGCACUGUUGAAUAACAGAUCUAAUCUCCUGGAAUUCGGUAGUCAAUGGGAUAGGGAAUUACUGAGAUCAGAGACCUCGCGUUACGUGAGAUCUGUCCUUUACAACAACGACUUCUGGGUUACUAUUAGUCAACUUGAGCGUCUUCUCAAGCCGAUCAACAUGGCGAUAACUGAGUCACAAAGCGAGCGCUCUCACCUUGGCCAAGUCAAGGAGAGAUGGUUAAACCUGAGGCAACAACUAGGCGCAAUUCAACGAUCAUCUGAAGGUCUUAAUUGGACGUUGAUCUGGCAGUUAUUCGAGGAACGCCAACGAACUCAACUAUGUGAAAUUCAUGACCUUGCCUUCCGCCUGAUGCCUCAGAACGCCAAUUUACCCUGGGAUCGCCAUGAAAAGGCAGCCUGCGUCACGGAGUUACUCAAUAUACAGCACGAGACGAAGGCUUUCACGCCAGUCUAG